UCUCAUUCUCAUAUUAUCAACAAUAUUGUUUACGAGGAAGUUAAAGAUACGCGACGAGUUUUGCUGUUACCGGUGCAUGCAUAUUAUGCUCGAAUGUUAUAUGGACGUUCUCUUUAGACGAGGGCCAAAUGCAGGCCAAUUUGUGUUUUAGCCGAAUUGGCAUCUGCUGCUUCCAGUGGUGGAACGGAAUUCCAACACUACAGCAACAACAACAAACAAUGGGCUGGAUGAAAUGUAAGACUAUGAUCCAAAACUGAUCUACAGCCAAGGAAUAUCCUCACCUGUCAUGGCGAACUCAGUGGCCACUCUGGUGGUCCAAGCAGAACUCUUGACUCCACAGUCCUCCGCCUCGCUCUCUCCUUUCCCAUCACUCCUCGGCUCAGGCGAGGACGGUGAGGAUGACCGGGAGAGAGGAGAUCUAGUGGAGAGUAAUAAGAGCGUGGUUGAUAACGUGGAAGUGGUUCUAGACAUGGAGGCAUCGUCGGAGUCCGCCCAGCCGGCCGAACAGUCCGAGCAUCCCUUCCAGUGUUUGGACUGCGGCAAGAGCUUCAGGUGGUCAUCCCGGCUCACCCACCACCAGAGAAGCCACAACAAUGAGAGACCCUACCGCUGCAACCUUUGUCCUAAGGCAUUUAAGGGCUCCUCUGCACUACUGUAUCAUCAAAGGUCUCAUUCAGGAGAGAAGCCUUAUAAAUGUCAAGAUUGUGGCAAAGCAUUUAAGCGCUCCUCUCUUCUCCAGGUGCAUCAGAGUGUUCACACAGGAAUAAGGACAUUCUUGUGUCCAUAUUGCCCCUUGACUUUCAAAUGGAGUUCCCAUUACCAAUAUCAUUUGCGCCAGCACACUGGCGAAUGCCCUUACCCAUGCGAUACUUGCCCCAAAGCUUUCAAGAACUCAAGCAGUCUACGGAGACACAAAAAUGUCCAUCUAGGUCUCAAACCUUACACUUGCACCGUAUGCAACAAAUCCUUCACUCAAUCCACCAACCUGAGACAGCACAUGAGGAUACACACGGGCGAGAGACCGUAUGUGUGCGGCGAGUGCGGUCGCAGCUUCACGCAUUCGUCCAACUUGGCGCUGCAUAAGAACUCUCACUCUAACUCUAAUGCGGAUGGGAAGGAGGCCAAGGCCGGAGAGGACACUGGGCGGGAACGUGACCUGGUAGAGGUAGUGGUGGUGGGCUCUGAGGAAGAAGCCACAUCCAUGUUGACAGCCAUGGUGGGAUAUGUUAGCCAGGAAGGGAGUGAUGAAGUAGGGAUGGAAGAAGUCUUUUUAUCCACCUCUUCAUCCGCCCAGAAUUCCACCCUGCUUCCACAACUCGGCCUCAAUCCCUUGGAAGAGAGCACCAGUGCAUCCCGGGCCAUCGGGACCGAGGUCCACUUUAGCACGGACACUGGCGCUAGCUUGCUGCUUUAUAGCUGUGGCACCUGCAACCAUACUUUUGCCACUCGGAAUGCUCUUGAGGAACAUCAGUCCAUUCACAUGGCGACUGAAGAACACAGCACUGGCGGAGAAGCGCCACCAGGGUCGGCGGAAGUGGAGGUAGCAGAAGGCUUAGUGGGGGCUGGCCACUUGCUUGCUGAUUUUGAAGAAGUGGUAGAAACCACGGCAGCGGCUGAAAGUGGACAUACAGCCGAGGUGCUUCUUGGUCUUACAGAGCCAGCUGACGGAAAUAAUUCAAGUGUGGGCACCACCCAGGCCCAGUUUGACCUUUUGCAAAGCUUCAGCAAAGUGAUUCAGAGCUCCAAGAGUGUUCAGCCAGAAGCUCCAACCACAUGGGCAGGGCUGUCAUGUGGCUACUGCAAUAAAUCCUUCAAGACCAGCGGAGGCCUCAAUAGACACGUGUCACUGAUGCACUCCCUCUCGUCCCAAUCCCGAUCACAGUUCAGCUGCUCGGCCUGCGACCGCUCCUUUCCCUUACUGUCCUCGCUUCUCACCCACCAACACACCCACACUCCCGAGCAACGUCUCCUGGCUGAGGCCGAAGCCGAGAUAGUGUGCCCGCCUUCCCUCUCCUUGUCUCUUCCACUCCCCUCCUCUCCUGACAAGCAGCAAGAGGGAAAGACGGAGAUUCACACUAGUGUCAUAGCUGUAAGUGAGGAGCAGGAGGGACUGCCUGCAAAACUGGCUAAAAACUCUAAAAGGGGCAGUGGAAGCAAGAACACUACCACUGGAGAGCGCCCAUAUCGCUGUUCAGAGUGCGGAAAAGCCUUCAAAGGUUCAUCGGGGCUGAAGUACCACAUGAGGGAUCACACUGGCGAGAGACCCUACCGAUGCACAGAGUGUGGAAAAAGUUUCAAGAGGUCCUCGCUGCUCUCCAUCCACCAGCGGGUGCACACAGGUGUACGGGCAUUCCAGUGCCCUCACUGUGCUCUCACAUUCAAGUGGAGUUCACAUUACCAGUACCACCUGCGGCAACACACAGGCGAGAGGCCUUAUGUUUGUAAGGAGUGUGGCAAGUCCUUCAAGAACACCAGCUGCUUGCGUAGACACAGUCAGAUGCAUUCAGGACUGAGGCCUCAUGUCUGCACCAUCUGCUCCAAAUCGUUCUCGCAGACGUCCAACCUCAAACAGCAUGAACGCACCCACUCCGGCGAGAGACCAUUCCAGUGCUCCCAGUGCAACAAGUGCUUCACGCACUCCUCCAACCUUCAAUUGCACCUUCGCACGCAUUCCCCACAGAAGGACUUUAAAUGCCCGUACUGCUCCAAAGAGUUUGUCAUGCACUCAUAUUUGCAGAGGCACAUCCGAACCCACAGCAGCGCCUUACCACUUCCCUCCCCCAAGAGUGCGGGUCAGGAUGGCAUUUCCGUGAAAGCCAGCGUCGGAGGGGUUACGACCACCACUACACUUCUUAACCCUAUCACCCUUGAAUCGUCGGGGAACAACGGGAGCCUGAUCGUCUCCCAACCGGCUCUUAACAUCCCUGUCAACACUUCUCAAAACUAUUUCAUGAUUCAAACAGCCAGCGGUUUGCAGCUUAUCCCGCUUUCAGCUCCCACUCCACCUCCGGCCCCUCCGCCACCCCCUCCAUCCCAACCCCAGAACUUCUACCUAUUACAAUGCCCCUCCACUAAUGGCUCUCAGUCAAGUUUAAUUCUAGUCCCUACAAACCAGCCUCCAGCACCUCCUGAACCUGCAAGCGUACCCAUGUUUCAAACUUUACAAACAUUCAACAACCGAACACACUCUCAGGUCACCCAAUUUCCAGCUUUGUCGCCACACCAGCAGACCCACGUUAUGAUAACCAACAAUAAGACGGGCCCUCUAGCCCCAAUUCCUAACUCUUUACUGCGUAGGCCUAUUUUAGGGAAGAGCAACAGGACAGCAAGGGGCAGACGGGGUCGUAAACCAAAAAAUGCUCUUCAGAAACCUGUUGAAACGAAGAACACGGAUGUUACUAGCUGUACGACGCAGCCUAACGGUACCACCAUCACAGGUAACGGCGACCUAUUGCCAUCUACCACUUCUUUACAAAAUCUGUCUUCUUCCACUGUUGUAGAAUCCACACCAGCAAGCGUUUCUACUCCCGGUAACACUCAAACAAAUAUAACCAAUAUCAAUUCGACAGAAAGCCUGACAGAGAAGCAGUUUGUUUUAUGCUUUGACAAUGAAGGACACGCAAAGGAGGGUAUGAAUGAAGAGGGAAGCGAUUCACUUGUGCUGCAAUUUGAGGCAAAUGCACAAGGAGAGGCGGAAAAGGAUGAAGAUAAAAGCAGGAUGAUGUCACUUCUACAGGACUGGGGUGGUGAGAAACCGAGUGCGAGUCAAUCCGGAGAAGACGAGUGCGGGCAGGGGGGCUCCUUUGUCUUUCACUUUCAGGACGGUGAUCAAUCCCAAGCGGAUUUUAGCCAAGAACACGACGACAGCUUGCCACUUUCCUGCGAAUCUGCCCAAAACUUGGUUCCACUCCAUAGUCAGGGUGUGGUGUUCGAAGUCAGUGAUGACAGUAAAAUAGAACAAGAGUCAGAUGAGGGAAUGCAGAUGAUAGCUUUGAUAGAACGUGAAGAAGGGAUGAUGGGAGAAGAUGGUGAAAAUUGUAGCAGUGCAACUGGUGGAGGGGGUAUCUUCCAGUUAGAAGGGGGUAAUGAAAUUGUUAUCAUUGAGGUGAGCACCAGUAACUUAAUAGAGGAAAGGAUGGAGAGAGUAGUUGAUCUGGAGAGUUCGCAGAGCAUUGAUGGGAAAUUUGAGGGGGAAAAUGAAGAUGGAAGGGAAAAGUCUUCCAAAGAAAACUGUACGGAUCAUAUAGGAGUACAGACAGAAGAACACACAAUUGUUAAUGGAACUUUAACACAGAGAUGUACUGCACUUACAAAUUAAAAUAUACAACUCACAAAAAUUUAGUGGUGUCAGGAUUUUGGGUCAAAUUUCAGGAUUAACCACUUAAACCGUAAAGGCUAAUGUAGGUAGUAUUUGCUCCUGUAUUUGGCUGUCAUUUACCAUUUGUUCAUUCCCAGUUUAAAUGAAUUUAACAUCUUUGUUAAUAGAACGUAAUGAGUUAAAAUUUAAUAUUAUAACCAGGGUGUAUUUCUGGUUUUAUUAUUUGUUCAUAAGAAGAUGAGAUAAAAAUGCAUUUAAAAUACAUUUAAAAUCCAAUUUAAUUAAAAAAUGAAAAUCGAAAACCAAAGUCGUUAAGAACAAGUUUUCCAGUCAAAUUGGAUUAGACAAACUGUAUAUUGCUGAUAACAGCAGCCAAUAUUUUUUUACAUAAAUGAAAUUUGAAAUAGACAUUAAAAUUCCAGUAAAAACCGCUGUCACUGGCAGCAUAUAAAUUAUUCUAUUUAUUAAUUUGUAAAUAUUUAAUUAAAAAUUGGGGGGGGGGGGGGGGGCAGCCUCUGCCGGUCAAAAUGGAUGAGACGGCUUGAAGCUAAAAGCUGAGCAUUCACAGACAGUCCUCCCAGUUUAAAUGAAUUUGACAUCUUUAAUUGUCAAUAAUGAGUUAAAAUUUGAUACCAUAACCAGGGUGUAUUUCUGGUUUUAUUUUUUAUAAACAUUUUAUUAAUAUAUAGCUAUUUGUUCAUAACGUUGGAUAAAAAUGCAUUUAAAAUACAUUUAUUUGAGAUCUGGCUUCCAUAUAUGUGGACAUCACAUUUUGGGUGAUCCAGGCCAGGCUUGUAUUCCAAAUGUUAAUAUUGUAGCUUACAUAACCCAAUAUGUCAUACCCAUGUAUGUGGACGCUAGAUCUUUAUAGGGUUAAGUUUUUUAAAUUACGAAAAAGUCAUCCUGUAAAGUGUUAAUGCACAUUUUGAUGUUUUCUCGCAACUGAAUGACAAAAUCCACAACAAGUGUUUGAUCCAUGACCAAACUAAUUCAUUUCUUUGUAUAAUAAAAAUUGCUAGAAAUAUGUAAAAGUACUUGAUAGAACAUGUUGGACGUGAACAGGUUCCAGAAUAAGCUCACAAUCAGUCAAGAGUUGAUAGUGCAUUAAAAGUUCAUCCUGAAAUUUCACACAAAAGCCCAGUAUCCUUAAUUUUUUAAUGUGUAAGUUGAAGUAACUGUGUCAGUGAAUGGAUGGACGGGCGCAUCACUUUACUCGCACUUUACUUUAAAUCUCCUGGAACUGAUAGCAUGCAGUUGCAACGGGGGGGAAAUGUGUUGUAAUGCCUCAGUGCCACAUGUUAGAAAUGUUAUACAUUCAAAUAGGCUGGGCAUGUAUUUUUAAAUAGUCUUUAAUAUAUUAGUUGAAAUGACACCGCCAUAGGCAGUCAAUGUAUAGAUGAACUUGUUGUUAAUAGAUGUAAAUUGUCAAUUUGUUCACAAUAUUAUUAGUAGCUUAAUAAUAAAUGUA